AUGCCCCUUCUCCCUGUCAUUCAAAAUCUCGCCCUUUUUAUAUUCCACCGAUUCCCGACCUGGCUCACAAGUCACACCUAUGUUCUCAACAGCAACAAUGGCCGGAAGAAAUUGCUAAUUCUCGUUGCCUGCGGCAUAUUCAUUCUCGCGGCCGAUUUUGGAUUUUUUCUGUCACAAGCGCCGCAGACAGCUAUCUUUGAACAGAUAAUUUGUCGCAAUUAUCUCAUCAAUUCGCGCGAUGACGUGAAUGCAAGCCUACUUAAUUCUCCCUCGGACGAUCCAUGUAAAUCCGAGGCUGUGCAGGGAGAGCUCGCUCUCAUCAAUGGGUACAAAGAAACUUUUGAUGUACUGCCCAGCAUCCUACUGUCGCUUCCUUAUGGUGUGUUAGCCGACCACUGGGGUCGCAAGCCCGUGCUGUAUCUCGGGACCUUGGGAAUCAUCCUGGGGGAGUUCUGGGUACGGUUGGUGGCCGCAUGGUCAACUGUACUGCCACUACGCAUGGUUUGGAUGACGGCUCUUUUUCGCACUAUCGGUGGUGGUGAUCAAGUGCUCACCUCCAUGGCUAUUGCGAUGGUGGCGGAUGUCUUUUCAGAGGAGGAGAGAUCAACUGCGAUAUUUCGCCUCUCAUCCUGCGUCCUACUCGCAGAAAUUUUGGCCACGCCUUUCAGUGCCUAUUUGAUGACCUUUGAUAUAUGGUACCCCUAUAUCCUCGGCCUCGUUGUAAUUGUACUAGGCACCCUGCCGGCUUUUUUCAUUCCAGAGACCCUCGCAGACGCCAAAGCGAAAUUGAAAAUUCAUCAAGAUGAAGCCCCAGUGGAAUUAAUUGAAGGUAUGGAGCCACCAGGCAAGCAACCAAUGUUGCAGGAGAUCAUCUACCAGGCCCGCGAGUUCAAAAAAUCCACCCGAUUUAUUUGGAGGGAUAGUAAUGUUUUCCUCCUUGUUCUAAUCGCUGGAGUCGGCUUCAUGAGUCGACAGUCAACGAGUUUACUGAUGCAAUACGCAUCCAAGAAGUUCAAUUGGAGUAUUGGCCAGGCCAGUUUACUCAUUUCACUCCGUGGGAUAUUUUCUUUGGCAAACUUUCUCGUUCUCAUGCCCGCAUUCAACUCCAUCGCCGGUAGGUUCUUUGACCUGCAUGGCAAAUACCGAGACUAUCGUCUCAGUCAAGCGACCAGCGUAUUCACCACGGUCGGCUUUGCCAUUAUGGCCUUCGCGCCGGUCCCAGGCAUCUUGAUCUGGGGUCUCUUAUUCCUCUCAAUCGGAAUGGGCUUCCUGGUCGCUACUCGUAGUCUUGUCACUGCCCUCGUCCUACCGAACCAUAUCGGAACACUUUACUCGGCCCUUGCAAUCUCGCAAUCAUUGGGAGGUCUCAUCUCAGGGCCCCUUUUCGCCUAUCUGUUCCGACUUGGAAUGCAUUUCGGCAAUGCUUGGAUGGGUCUGCCGUGGCUGCAGGCCUCUGUCGUCUUCAUGCUAGUUUCGAUCGUGGCCUGGAAUAUUCGAGUGCGUGAUCCAUUGUCGCAUGAUGAGGAGGAACCACUUCUUGCCGAAUAA